UGCGUUCACGGUCACAAAUCAGCCAGAAAGCAUAAAAACGCCUCGACAAACAAACAACAGCUGAAUGUUUUGUUUUUCAAAGUAGAUAUUUAUAAUCCGGCGAUUCAGUUCAUUUUAAUGCGCAGUCGUUUGGCUGGUGCGACUAUUUAACCCAACUUAUCGGACGAACAGGUGAUUUUACAACUGUUUACAAACGGCUGGAAAUACGUUUUUUAUCUAAAGAUGGCAUCUCGUGGCAAAUCAGAAACUGGAAAAUUGAGGCAAAACAUGGAAGAGCAGCUCGACAGACUGAUGCAGCAGCUUCAGGACCUGGAGGAAUGCAGAGAGGAGCUGGACGAGGAAGAGUAUGAGGAGACAAAAAAGGAAACGCUGGAGCAGCUGAGUGAAUUCAACGACUCCCUGAAGAAGAUCAUGACCGGAGACAUGACCCUUGUGGAUGAACUCAGUGGCAUGCAGCUGGCGAUCCAGGCUGCCAUCAGCCAAGCGUUCAAAACCCCAGAGGUGAUCCGACUUUUUGCAAAGAAGCAGCCAGGACAGCUGAGAACCAGACUAGCAGAGAUGGAUCGAGAUGUCAUGGUGGGGAAACUGUCGCGGGACGUGUACACGCAGCAGAAAAUGGAAAUCCUCACAGCCUUGAGAAAACUUGGAGAGAAGCUCACUGCAGAGGAUGAGACUUUUCUCACUGAAAAUGCGACUGCCACUCUGAGCCAGUUUGAAAAAGUAACUGCAAACUCAGGCUCUGAAGACAAAAUUCUGGCUUUAGCUAGCUCUGGUGUUCACACCAAGGCAUAGUGAAUCUACAAAAUGUAAAUGUUCACUCCCUUUAUCAAGAAAGAAACGUGCCAAUCAAUUUGUAAAUAAUCAGUGCAUCUAUGUGUUACUGUAGAUGCUAGAACUUUUUAACAGUGUUGUUUUAUAUCCCACAACUUUUGUAAAUGUCUUUUUAUUUGUUCAGGUAGGUGUAAAAUUGUAUUAUAGGUACGAGCAUGUGAUUUGUUAAAUAUGACAUGAAUAUUUAGGACAGUCGAGGCAGUUCAAGAGAAACACUCUGUUGUGAUUUGUGCUGCAUUUCUUAUUGGAUUACUGUGUGUAUCUGUGUUAAUAUUCAACAUUGUUUUUAAAUUGUUUCCUGUACGAGUGCUGCAAAUACUCAAGAUGUAACUUUAUUUGAAUUAAACUGUCAACAGUGAGAUGGACAUAACAAAAUAACUUACACUACUAAGACAAGCGGUUGUCCCUCCAUUUGUAUGCGGUAUGCAUACAUAUUAUGCUGUAUACGUAUCUUACAAUCACCUCGUAGAAACGUGGCAGAGUAAAAUAAUACUCAAAAUAUAUUCUUUAUUAGCCUCCCAGAGCUCAUAUUCAUAAGCCGAUUUGGAAACUGUACGUAUCCAGCGCAAAUCUAGUAUUAAGAUUCACAACGAGGUGAACUGAGCACCAGUCUGGACUGAAAAAAUGUGACCAGUUGCCCAUUUUUACAGAUUUCCCAGCAAUGUGAUUAGAAAUCCACAGGGAGGAUCAGAUGCCAUCUGUUAAACAUUGUGGAGGGUCUUGUGAUGGUUUCCGCAGCCGUCUCAUGAGAGUGAUUCAGUUUGAUUAAUAGUCUGCACGGACGUUUAGCAGCCAAAUAACAUGAGGUCACUUUACAGUGAACAUCCUCAUGCUGUAAAAUGAUGAAGGCCUCAGAGCUACGAAAACACCUGAAUUGAAUCACCAGACAGUGAUUGAGCUGCUUUAAUGAAAAUACUGGAAGGCUGAAUAUGAAGUGUAAUUUCACCUGCUUUACCUCUGAAAGAACAAGAGGAUCAUCUUGAAAAUAGAAAAAGAAUUAAAGUAUGGUCAGCAGACAUUUCAUUAUAAUUAUUGUGGAUUAAACUGUGUUAGAUUCUGGAUAUUUAUACAUCAUUUUGACUAGUUGGUCCACUCCCUAUAUAAUCAUCAAUUAUCAAACAUUUCAUACUCCUUCAGCUGACAACUGCGGUUAUAAAUUUGCAGUAAUGAAGUUGCAUUUUCAAGUUGUCAUGAUGUUUACAGGAUUAAUCAUUUAUAUUCAACUUUUGAUGUGAGUAAAAAAAAAAGAAAAUCAGUGUGUUUGUUUCAUUUAUUCAUUUGAUUUGUGAAAUUAUGACAUUGUCUGUUUGCACCACCAGAUGGCAACAAGGCUCAAGAUUUCAGCGCUCGGGGAGUGAGCCUCGUACCUCGGUUACUGAUAAACCUACACAGUAUGAGUGACGACGGAAUAAAAACAAGAGCAGGCAGAAGUUAUACCCCAUCCCAUCAUCCUUUAUUUUGUUUAUGAGCAAGCAUCAACUUCACUACAGUUUGCCCUUCAGCUGGUAGAAAAGUGAGAGCAGCUCCAACAAGCACAAAGGAAGCAUUUAACCGUUCUGAAAACACUGUCACCUUCCACUUUGAGCAAAUUUUUCAAAGAAAAGAAAAAACAAACCAAAAAAAA